UUAAAUUAUAUGCCAAAUGCAUUUGUACCAGUCCCACGUAUUGAAUACCGUCGAGGGAUAGAUAAGAAAAGUGAACAAUUAAAGAUAUAGGCCUCUCGAGUUGAGCUGAGGAGACAAAAUGUAGCAUGGGCGUCAGGCGCCUGAUCUGCUGCAGGAGACGGAGACGGUCAAGCUACCUUUGCGUGCUCGUCUUCUUCGCUAUCAUCUACUUCAUCUUCCAGGGGACCUCUUUGAGGGCACUCAACAAGAACAAUGCGGAGAAAGCGGCCGAGGAGAAAUCUAAGAUGGUGGGAGAUAGCAUUGAAGUCAAGCACGAGAAGUCACCCACAAUCCUCGGGGUGAGGUCAGAUGACCUGCUACACUACGUACCAGACGAGGAUGGACUGUUCCAUUGCAUCGAUGAGUCAAGUAAGGUGCCCAUGAUGGCGGUCAAUGACGAGUACUGUGAUUGCCCGUCAGAUGGAUCGGACGAACCAGGAACAGAUGCUUGCCCAAAUGCAAGGUUUUAUUGUGAGCACAGCAACAAAUUCUUGCCGUCUGGCAAGGUGAAUGAUGGGAUAUGUGACUGCUGUGACGGAAGUGAUGAGUGGAAGAUUGGCUUGGGGUCAGUGAAGGUCAAAGGCUUUCCUCUAAGCGACGCCAUUCAACAUGCACCGUGUGUGGACACGUGUAGCAAACGAGCAGACAGGGAGAAAGAGGAUCAGAGAAUACGCCAGAUUGGAUUAAGAUUAAAACAACAGUACAUAGCGAGGGCACAGGGUCAUAUAAAAAAUACGGAUGGCUUAUUCGGCAAGCAAGGUGAAUUCUACCAGCUCAGUACGGAGUGCUUCGAUCAUGCGGACUAUGCCUCAUCGUACCACAUCUGUCCCUUUCACAAGGUGGAGCAGACUCAAAAGAGUCACAUGUUCAAGCUCGGUAGCAGAGGACAGUGGGAUACCGGUCGGACGGACGGCAAGCAGGUCUUGGUCAUGAUGGGCGGGGACAAGAGGGGGUGUCCGAAUGAAGGUCGGAGGACCGAGAUUGAAUUCACAUGUGGCCUCAGCAACUCCAUUGCCAAACUUUACGAGGAGGAAAAGUGUGUUUACACUGUGCACUUCUUGACCCCUGCUGCUUGCUGAUGAAUAUUCAUAGAAAUGAUGAAUAUUAAUAGAAAAGUGUGAUUGAUAAUGAUAAUUAUAAAAUAUUAAUAAUAUUUUUGCUUGAUACGUCGGGAAUGUCUGAGUUUCUAAGCGCUUUACAUUAUUACCCCGGUCAUCGGAUUCUGGCUUGCCCGCACACAAUGUUUACACUUUGUCCACUCCCUGGGGAGCAUUCUGACAAGAGCUACUAGGCUCAAACUGCUAAGCAUACCACAUUGGCUUUCGCAGAGAGGGGAGGGGGGCUUGGGAGACUUUGCAUUCAUUUUCUUGAGCUUCCCCUCCCCCUCCCCAAGCUCCCCUAGAACUGCUGUGGCUAAUACUACUACUUCUACUACCACUACCACCACUACUAAUAAUAGGGACUUUUAGAUUUGCACUUAGACAUAGUGGACUGCUACGUGUGACAUCCUUUUAAGGCACUCUGACGUCCUUUUAAGGCACUUCCAGUGCCUUAAAAAGAAUGACACAAGUAGCAGUCCACUGUCUACGUCGACGUGCAAAUCUAAAAGUCCCUAAUACUACUGCUACUAAGACUAUGAUGUCAUGUUUAGCCAGGUCCCAGGGGCCCAAUAUUACCAUCACAUGAUUUUAAUUAUGUACUAUGUGAAUACCAUGUGCCUUAAUGUUUGAGGGAGGAAGGUGUCGAUAGAUGCAUUAACCCUGUUUUUUUACUGCCAACUAAAAAAUUCCUUUGUUAGUUGAGUAACUUGUGAUAUAUUUGCUAAAGUUUGAAAGGACCUUAUAUUGUAAUUAUAAACAAUUUUAAUGUAAUUUGUAUAUAUUGAUAAAGGUCCUUCAGAGAUAUCUCAUUCAACGAAUGAAUUUAAGGAAAACAUGUUGCAUUUCAUCAUUCUGAAUCUAAAUGUUGGUUCCUAAUCCAUAAGUAUUAUGUACAAAUGAAUUGAAUACAAUGAUAUACAUUUAAACAUGUGAAAUUAAGUUGCAUAAAGAAAUUCUAUGUACUUGAGGAGGCAAUUUUAGAAGCAUUCCUUCCUUCUACUUUCCCGAAUUGAGCAAUGCUCUAGAUUAACUCAUAUUAUAACAUCAUGAAAAGAAAAGUGCCUUAAUCUUGUGAAUUGUUAUUUUGUAAUCCUAAAACCAUUGAUGAUCAAAGCAUUCAGUCGGUUUCAUUCAACUGAUUUUCUUUUACAAAAAAAGACUAAGAACAAUAUAUCAUUAUUAAGUCUAUUUCAAUGGAAAGCAAUGUCUUUGCUUUCAUCAUGUACAUGUAGGCUAAACUGAACAACAACUAAUGAUAACAAAAUUAUUUCACAGAUCAUAUAUUGCUUUGUACUUGGUUUAAUUACAAAGGAUUUAACUUCAGAUUUCUUAUUGACAGGGUUAACAUUGAUUAUAAACACGUUUAGAUUUUCAUGUUUAACUAUUUAAAACUAGUUAUGCCAAUUCCAAUGCCAGUAAAACAAAUGAGGAUUAAUUAAAAUGGAAUUAACUUCAGAUUUCUUAUGGACAGGGUUAACAUUGAUUAUAAACACGUUUAGAUUUUCAUGUUUUACUAUUUAUAUCUAUUUAUGCCAAUCCUAAUGCCAUAUGAAACGAGUCAAAAUUUGGAAUCAUUAAUAAUCACUAUAAAGAGACUUUUGUCCAUCUUUUGUUCUCAACAUCAGACGCAAAGUACCAAUCUUCAAAAUUCUUGCUGAAAUGAGGUAAAUUUCUUUACAGGGAGUAGCCUCUCUGAUGCUAAAAAAUGUCUUCAGAAAAAUAAAUGUGCCUUUUUGUUUGUGAUGUGAAAGAAUUCCAGCUUAAAAUUAUAGCAGUGCCCAUAAAAUAAGGUACAAAGUACAAGUGAAUUGCCAGAUUUUAUUGCAAUAGAAAGAGUGUCCCGUUUAUAUGUAAAAAAUCUUUACAAGUAAUUGAAGAAAACUGUGGGCUAAAACACGUCCUUAUUAUUUACAAAAUUCUUCAUGAAAUGUAUCUCAGUUUUGGUGAGGUGACGUUACGGUAAUUGCAUUCAAAUUUUUCCAGUAUUAGUGAAUAAACCUUGCCAAUGCUGCCAAGUACAAUGUACAGUUUUCAUCAAAUGAAGAAUGUUGUAAUAGUUUUGUACCAAGAUUCUUACUUUGUGAGCAAAAAUUCCGUAACGGUAUUUUAUUUCAUAUUAUUAUUUGGGAAGCAUUUUAUUGGAUAUAAGGUUUUUUUUCUUCAAUAAUUCUGUUUGUAUAAUUGAGACUAGAAGAACAGGUUGUACAAUUUCUUUGCACAAUAAAUGAUUUAUUUUAUAAUUCACUGAAAGCUAAUGAUCAUACAGUUAACAACUAAAUUAUUCAUACCCCUUGUGAAUUUGAUUUUUCGAGGGAUGUUUUUUUCUAACUCAAGAAUAAAAGGUGUACUGGUUGACUGGUUGAAAAGGUGUUAGCUUUAAUAUGUCAUAUUAUCAAGAAACAUAAAUCGGGACAUAUCAAUUUUUCACAUACUUAAAAUGAAAACCGAAUCUUUGUAAGGGUAGGAAUAAUUUAUUUGUUAACUGUAUAUAAGUCAAUAUGUAUAUGUAGUACAGGUACUGCUCUAGUCUUUUGAUUACACUUGAAGAACAGUAACCAUUUUUAUAUGAUUAAUGAAAAAUUAUCUUACAUAAAAUGCUUAUUUGUUUCUUGAAACAAGGUUUAUGUAUAUAUAACAUUUAUGAGGUGCUGUAUAAAAGAAGAGAAAAAAAUAAAGUUAGGAUCAAAUUCUUAUUUAUGUAAUUAAAACUUUCUGUGCAUUUUUUUAAAAUGGUAAAAUGUUGUACACUUGGCUUGGACGAGUACUACUAAUUUUGCAAAUUGACAUUUGCACAGGUGCAGACUAUAUUUUGUCAUAUGGAGGGCAUACAGGCUUGUACCGAAUUCACAAAUGAGGUUUAAAUUUAGCCCAUGGUUUAAACCUUCAUUUACAUAACCCAUGGUUUAAAAUUAGCGCAAAUUAAGCGUACCUUGCCUUGCAGGCCUUUAAAUAUUGGACCUCUUACCGUGUUGCGCUGAUUUUGCACUAAUUUUAGACCGUGGGUUAUGCAAAAGAAGAUUUAAUCCAUGGGUUAAAUUUAAACCUCCUUUGUGAAUUUGGGCUAUUAUGUAUGGGUAUAAUUGGCUAUAGUGCCUAUGUCCAUGCAGCGCCCUUGUAUGUGCAUAUAUGUGUAUAUAUAUGCAUCACUGUGCGACUAAUCAAACACAACGUGAAAUGAACACAUUUUUGUCUCAGUUUAAUUUAGUGACACAGAUUCAUGCGAAAAAAUUAAAGUAAUCAACAAAAAUUGGUUGAGAAAACAUGAAGUCAUGGAAAGUGCACAUUUUAUUUUAUUUUCUUAACAUUCCUUAAUCGUUAACUCAUUAUAAUAUAAAGCCAGGUAAAGUUUUUGGUGUUGUUUAUAUUAAGUUAAAAACUAAAAUAUACAUAAACCUUGUAACUUGAUGUUGUUUUUUUUUCUCUUCACAACUCAAGAAUGAAAGGUGAACUGGUUGAAUGAGGACCUUGAUAAAUUUAAAUGUAAUUUUUAAUACAGUAUGUAUGGUGGUGUGACCAUAGUUCGCCAUCUCAAAAAGUCAGUAAGAUUCCCAAAAGCUGAUACCACCAAUGGAAAGAGGAUCCUAAAAUUACCCCGAAAUGAAAUUUUCUCUGGAAUUGGGUGUGAAAUUAUGACAUUAUUGACAUAUCACAAACCGAGCACGCUUCCGCCAAUCCUUCGUACCAAACUCUAUCCACAUGUUCAACCAAUUUGUUAAGAGAUAAUAAUAAUAAUAAUAAUAAUGAUAAUAUUAAUAAUAACAAUAGCAAUAAUGAUCAUAAUUAUUUGAAUUUAUAAACUGUUCUUAAAAAGCUAUUCCUAAGAUAUUUCUAAUCAUCUAAUCAAGUUUAACAAUUUUGGAUGGAGUAAACAAUUUUGUAUUAUUUAUGUGAAAUGACGAGAUCUUUUCUGUUCUGAAAUUGUUUGCUUAGUUGUUUUGCAUGUUUCAUAUUAUUGUACUCUGUUUCUCGUAUUAUUGUAAUGCUGGUGGGAAGCAUAUUUCCACAUUGUGGACAAAUAAAUCAAAUCAAAUCAAUCAAAUCAAAAUCAAAAGAUUGGCAAAUUUUGCAAGGUGAUAGGUCCUCUUUAAAUGUGUGGUGCUUUUUGAAAGCCACUAGAUCAGUGUUGAAAUAUUUAUCACCUGGAAGUCAGCAUUGAUCUUCGUUCUAUUUGGAAUACAUUAAUGUUUCAAUAGUCUGUACAUGUAAAUCUAAGAAGUAUUCAACAUAAAUGCCAAUUUUUCAGGCUUUCAUCUUCAUGCUUUAUAUUGUGCAGUGUACUAAUUGAGUAACUUCAAUUUGUAACCAUUUCUCCUGGUAAACAUCUAUGUGACAAAUAUUAUUUUUUGUAACAGUGUGAUCAUAUUGAAACAAAUCCAUGAUUCCGUGUUCUUGUUAUUUUGGAUUGUGAAAUGCAGCUUAAUGUUUCACUUUUCAAAUCCUAGAAAACCUCUAUGGAUACUAAAAUUGUAAAAAUCAAUACCAACGUUAUAUAUUGUAAAUGAUCCACCUGAAUAUUUUUUUGGCUUUGAUUGUAUAUUUUGGAUUGUGAGAAAUAUGUAUCAAAAUAUCUGAAAUAAAUUUAUAAAUUUGAAAAAA